GGUGGACUGUGCAUAAUAUAAUACAGGCUACGAGGAAGGGGGUAGAGUGGGAGGAAAAGUGCUUCUUAUCUCGACCGACACACACACGGUAGCGGAGAGUAAACGGAUCGAUUUGUUCCAUAUUACCAAUUAUAAGAUAUUGCUCAGGUGGAAACUGAACCAAAAGAUUGCGUUGUUUUCUAGACUUGUUACAAAUUAAGUACUGUUAGUUCGUCAAGUUGAGUUUUAAGCUUUAAGUUUUGAAAAUUAGUUGUUAGGUAAAUAUUAGGUUAAAAGUCGUGUUUCCAGUUCCAAGUGAUUAGUACCUUGAUUUAUGUUUGUGGGGAUUAAUCUACAUUUGCAAGGAGAUAAAAACCUGUGACAAUUCACGAGAACACGUAUACGUGUAAGACGACCAUUGGACCCAGCGCAAUCAUUUUCCAAUUGCUCAAUAUCCGCCGAAAACGAAUCCAGAAAAAAUGUUCCAGAAACGAUUGAUGCGGAUAGUUUACCUAGUUCUAUUCAUAAUCAUGUUGAUAUUGCUCUACAAGGGCUUCACCAAUGAUCCACAGCAGAAGGCGCUCCAGGACAAUAUGCCACAGCCCGCGUCGGACGCCCCCGUGUACGUGAUGGUAUUCUACGAAGCCCAGUGUCCGGACUCGAAGAACUUUGUCAUCAAGCAGCUGCAGCCGGCCUACACCAGGGCACCGAGCCUGAUCGAGAUCCAGUUUGUGCCGUACGGGAAGGCGACGACCAGCACCAACGCGGACGGUUCGCUAGCGUUCGACUGCCAGCACGGUCCGAGCGAGUGCGAGGCCAACAUCAUCCACGCGUGCGUCAUCGAGGCGGUGCACGACGCCAAGGUUCGCCUCGACAUGGUCGCCUGUAUGAUCCGGGACAAUCGAAUUCCCAAGGACGCGUUCUACCGGUGCGCGAAGGAGAAUGGCGUUGAAAUCGAAUCGAUUCAAAAGUGCUACGACAGUCCUCACGGUGCGGAGCUGCUUAAACUGCACGGCGAGGCGACGCACGCACUCCGACCGGCGGUCUCGUUUAUUCCGACGAUAACCCUCGACGGGCAGCAGGGCCGGCAAGCUUCCAUCCUGAAGGACCUGUUUGGGGAGGUGUGCAAGAUCGCCUCGGGCCGUGGGCCGAAACCACUUCCGUGUGAAUGAUAGCAGAUGGUUCUCUACUCGCUGAACCGCUUCCGGACCGAGGUGUACGAGGAGAUCUGGCAAAUCCCGGAACGCAUCCAGCGCUCGGUCCUGCUGCUGCUGCAGUAGAUCGUCGUCAAUUCCACAACGUUACGAUUAAGUUAUUUCUAAACACACACACACAACGAUGAUGCCCUCCACAAAACAUCGAUUUCUUGUUGAUCCUAACUUUAUUUUAUUGUUGCUGUGAUUCAAAGUUUGAUUUUGUUUGUCCUCAAGAAGAAAAGAAAAAGGUUUUCCAACAUUAUUCAACCGAAUAAUAUUAGUCAAUGAUACCAUUACCAUAAGAAAUAAAAAGCGCACUCAGUCAUGUUGAAUGAAAAAAACUAAAAGUUCCGCACCGCAUACAAAACUUAAAAUGAACUAAUUAGAGGUAGAACCAAAUUUUGAAUGUUACUCAUCAGGUCUCGUACGGUAGCAAACCGUAGAUAAUAUCAAUUAGUGCAGUAAUGUUCACCUAGAAGGCAUAUUUAGCAUUGGAAAACGUGAAUUAGAGCGCGUUGAUUUCUCGCGCCAGAUUAUACCUAAUUAUUGUGAGAAUGAAACCAUACUUUGUCAAAUCAGCUAGCGUACAGCUAAUAGAGCUAUCUUUAGUGAAAAAAAUAAAAAUAAAUAAAAACAUAGUUUUAGCGCAGC